CUAGGGUUUGCCUCUUCCCUCUCGGCUCUCGCUCCCACCACCACCACCAGGCAGACGCAGAUCGGCGGCGGGAUAGGCUAGCAAUGAUCCCCAAUUCCGACUUCCUCUAGACUGCCUGGCGGUCGAAUUCCGAUUCGAUUGGAGUAGGGAACGAGAAGGGAACAAAUACACCGGCACCACCACCAGACCAGACAGCACGUGCCUCCAUACUAUGGUUUACGCCCCGUGCCGCUCAUCGACGCCGCCGUCUUCCUCGCCGAUGCUCCACAAGAACCUCCGCGCCCUCGGACCCGGCUUGAAUCCCUUGGCUCCCUUCGGCAUGGGCAACUACUCCCGCUAGCCGUUUCCUCCUAUCCCUCUUUCUCCGAUUCCGAUCUCUGAGUGCUUCCGCCUCCGCCCCCGGCCGCUUCCUCCAUCGGAACCGAUCCCCGCUAUUUUACUCCCGUUCGUUUCAUUGUUCCGUUGCUUUGGAUCUGAGUCUCGAGAUCCUCCCCUGUCCUGCUGCUCGAGGAGCCGCCAAGGAUACCAAAAUACCAUGGUGCAGGUGCGCAGGUCGCUCAGCAUGAGCCGCCUUCGGAGCUGCCACGACGCGGACGACCGUGGCUGGAACCCGCUCCAUGUUGCUGCUCGCAAGGGAGACCUCAAGGAGGUCCGACGUCUCCUGGAUGAGGGGGGGAUGGAUGUGAAUGCACCUGCAUGGGGACCAAAAUGUCCUGGUGCUACCCCACUCCAUCUGGCUGCUCAGGGUGGGCAUGUUAAAAUCAUGGAUGAACUACUGGAGCGUGGUGCCAAUAUUGAUGCUCGAACAAAAGGGGCAUGCGGCUGGACUCCUCUACACAUUGCUGCCAAGGAAAGGAACAAGAAGGCUGUGAGAUUCCUGAUUGAGAAUGGAGCAUUCCUUCCUCCUGAGAUGAAUGACCAUAGGUUCAAUCCCCCCCUCCAUUACUGCUCUGGGUUAGAAUGGGCGUAUGAGAUGAAGCGCAUGCAGGAUGAAAGCGAUUCGCCUGGCGAAACUUCGUUGAGCUCGGAUAACUAGAGAGAAAGCAGCAGGUGCAUGCAGCUUGAGAACGAUGAAGUUAAGUCAAGUCAUUGAGUACAUUUGCUUGAUGUCUGGAUGAUGGAGAUGUUCUGUUCUGUGACUUUAGAAUAAUUGUUGAGUGGUACCUGUAAUAUACGACGAGUGAUUUGUUGAAUAAUAAUCAUACACUAGUGUAUAGCGCGCACAUGCGCGCAUGCCGUUCUGUGGUGUAAAAUCUUGUUAUAAGCAUGUAUAACUUGAUAUUGUAUCGUGAACAUGCAUAUAUGCAGAGUAGUCAUUAUUGAGACAUGAGUAUCAGAUC